CGGACUUUGGGUUCGCCUUCAACGGAGACUUCGACGAGCAGUUCAGCGAGUAACCCAGUCGAAAGCGCGCGCGCCCGACGACACUCCACGCACGGACAUAUCAAAGUGAUAAUACGACACACAAUUGCGGUUGUUGUUGUUGUUGGUGCUUCUCCUCCGUUUCAUUGAUUCAUUCAAUAUUAUUUGCCGCAUCGGUGAACAGUGCUCUCUAAUUCACUCGUAGAAGAAGAAAAGAAAAAAAAACAGUGCGUCGAUUAUUCAUUUUUGGGGGGUGCUUCUGUUUUCCAAUUGGACCAACAAAGAACGGCUAAGAACUUCUCGUUUCAUUUGACUGAUACGACGGCGAUGGGUGAGAGGGUUGAACCUGUGACGCCCGGUCCAGAUCUGGUGGGCGUCGGCGUCGAGAGGCCGCAUCCACCGCUGAACAGUCAGCAGUCGACGAUAUGGACGAGGAGGCAGCAGGCGGUGUGCGUGAGGCACGCCUACAAGCAUUACGGGUCGAAGAAGAACCCCAACCACGUGCUGAGCGAUCUCAACAUGACCGUGCAGAAGGGCACAAUCUACGGUUUGUUGGGAGCCUCGGGUUGCGGUAAGACCACACUGCUAUCGUGCAUCGUCGGAAGGAGGCGCUUGAACGAGGGCGAGAUUUGGGUGCUUGGCGGAAAACCGGGGACGAAGGGUUCCGGAGUGCCGGGCAAGAGAGUCGGAUACAUGCCGCAGGAGAUCGCGCUCUACGGCGAGUUCACGAUCAAGGAGACCAUGAUGUACUUUGGAUGGAUCUUCGGGAUGAAGACGGAGGAGAUCAACGAGAGGUUGCAGUUCCUGCUGAACUUCCUCGACUUGCCCAGCCAGAACAGGAUGGUCAAGAAUUUGAGCGGCGGACAGCAGAGGCGUGUCUCGUUCGCGGUUGCUCUGAUGCACGACCCGGAGCUGCUCAUCCUCGAUGAGCCGACGGUCGGCGUCGAUCCGUUGCUCAGGCAGAGCAUCUGGAAUCAUCUGGUGCAGAUCACCAAGGACGGUAACAAGACCGUCAUCAUCACCACGCAUUACAUCGAAGAAGCCCGGCAAGCUCACACGAUCGGUUUGAUGAGAAGUGGAAAAUUGUUGGCCGAAGAGUCGCCCAGUCGUCUGCUGACCAUGUACAACUGCAGCUCGCUGGAGGAGGUGUUCCUGAAGCUGAGUAGGAAACAGGGUCAGGCGAACGCGCCGACGCCCGCCUUGCCAGCAGAGGCACAACCGCAGAACAUGUCUAACAACAUCAGUUUGGCCACGCUCAACUGGGACAAGAAGAACGAGUCGGUGUUCGUUACGGAGGAGAGCGGUGUCGUCGGCCUCAACUUUCACCAGAGCAAGGAGAUUCUGAUACACGAAGGCGCCAACGGACAUCUGGAUAUGAACGGCGGUACGAAAGGCGGAAUCAUGGACUCGUGCGACGACUGCAGCUGCUCGAACAUCACGUCGGUGGGGAAGAUCAAAGCUCUGCUGCAGAAGAACUUUUUGCGGAUGUGGCGAAACGUGGGCGUGAUGCUGUUCAUCUUCGCGCUGCCCGUGAUGCAGGUGAUUCUCUUCUGUUUGGCCAUAGGACGAGACCCGACCGGCUUGAAGAUCGCCGUCGUCAAUCACGAAACCAACUACACGAACCUCACCUACCAGUCGUGCGACUACGAGAUGGGCUGCAAGUUCAGCCAUCUCAGUUGUCGAUACCUGGACAAUCUAAAGAACGGGACUAUAAUAAAGGAGUAUUAUCCGGACCCGCAGAGCGCUCAGAUGGCCGUGCGGACUGGAAACGCCUGGGGUGCCUUAUACUUUACCGAGAACUUCACCGACGCGCUCGUUGCUAGGAUGGCUCUGGGCAAGGACGCCGACGACGAAACACUGGAUCAGAGCGAAGUCAGAGUGUGGCUCGACAUGUCAAAUCAACAAAUUGGCAUAAUCCUGCAACGAGAUCUUCAACUUACGUAUCAAAGUUUCGCCAAGUCGCUGCUGAAGAGCUGCGAUCAGAAUGAAGCGAUCGCCGACGUACCCAUCCAUUUCCAAGUUCCCAUUUACGGAUCCAGCAAGCCUUCGUUCACCGAUUUCGUUGCGCCAGGUGUAAUCCUCACCAUCGUUUUCUUCUUGGCCGUCGCGUUGACGUCAUCCGCGUUGAUCGUUGAGCGGACGGAAGGUCUCUUGGAUCGCUCCUGGGUUGCCGGUGUAUCUCCCGGUGAGAUUCUUUUCUCGCACGUCGUCACGCAGUUCGUGGUGAUGUGCGGCCAGACGGCGCUCGUGCUCAUCUUCAUGAUCCUGGUGUUCGGUGUGCAGUGCAAGGGCGACAUCGGCUGGGUGAUCAUCCUGACGAUCCUCCAAGGUCUGUGCGGCAUGUGCUUCGGUUUCGUCAUCUCCGCCGUCUGCGAGCUGGAGAGGAAUGCCAUCCAACUGGCGUUGGGUAGCUUCUACCCGACGCUGCUUCUCAGCGGCGUCAUCUGGCCGAUCGAGGGGAUGCCUGCCAUCCUCCGGUACAUCUCCACUUUCUUGCCGCUGACGAUGGCCACGACGUCGCUCCGUGCGAUGCUGACGCGCGGCUGGUCGAUCAUCGAGCGCGACGUCUACAUGGGUUUCCUCUCGACGAUCACCUGGAUCGUCAUCUUUCUCACCGUCAGUAUGCUCGUCCUUAAGUUCAAGAGGGGAUGAGCAUUUUCCUUACUUCAAAUUACAAUUGUCAUUAAACAACAAUAACAACAACAACGACAACGACAAAACCUAAGAAAGAAUGAAAAGGGAGAAGA